CAACUGAUAGCACCUGGAGCUAGCUAGCUAGGUGACACUAUAAUGGCUAAUAACGUUUCUCUUCCCUUGUGCUUCAUCUGUUUCCUAUUCUGCCUCGUGGUUUCUGUCCAGUGCCGCAGAGUUAAAGGUUUGGAUUCGCCGGCCGAUCAUCAAAGACAACUCAGCUAUUCUCCGUCGGAGCCGGCGUACUUUCCGGUGUACACUGGGCGUCAAGAUGGGCUCAAGGAGAGUAACAGGAUUCAGAGGCUGCCGGGACAGCCCACCGGAGCAGAUUUCGGGCAAUACGCGGGGCAUGUUACGGUGGACGAAGCCGCCGGACGAGCCUUGUUCUAUUACUUUGUCGAGUCGCCUCAACAACCCUCUUCUAAACCCCUUGUUUUGUGGCUUAAUGGUGGACCGGCUUAUUCUUCCGUUGGUGGUGGCGCUUUCAUGGAACUGGGCCCAUUUAGACCGGCAAGAGAUGGUGUAACUCUUAACAGGAAUCCGUUCGCAUGGAAUGCAGAGGCAAAUAUAAUAUUUCUUGAAAGUCCGGCUGGGGUUGGAUUUUCAUACUCGAACACGACGGCCGACUAUGACCGGACCGGAGACAACAGCACCGCAUUGGAUAACUAUGCGUUUCUAGUAAACUGGCUGGAGAGAUUUCCAGAGUACAAAACCAGGGAUUUCUUCCUCACCGGAGAAAGCUACGCCGGCCACUAUAUACCCGAGCUUGCUCGCCUCAUACUGCACAACAACCAGUUCCCAAACCUGCCCAAAAUCAAUCUGAAAGGCAUUCUUGUGGGGAAUCCAUAUUUGGACUAUGAAACUCGAAUGAAAGGGAUGAUGGAGUAUUACUGGAGUCACGGCCUGAUUUCUGAUGAUCUGUAUAACGACAUUUUAUCGACUUGUGAUUUCUCCAGUCCCGACAGUGCGUCCGACAAAUGCCAGGAUUUGGUAGACAACCAAACCGCCAGGGAAAUGGGGAAUGUGUAUUUGUAUGAUAUCUACGCGCCGUUAUGUCAUUCUGACUCUCCCUCGUUUCAUAUUUCAGGAUUUGAUCCCUGCACUGAAGAGUACAUCCAUGCCUACCUCAACAACUUUCAAGUCCAGACUGCACUUCAUGCAAAUAUUACUGCCACUCCCCAUCCCUGGAAUAAACGAAAUGACAAACUGAAUGGCGAUUGGAAAAUGCCGGCAACUGUAUUGCACAUUGUGAAAGAACUGAUGCAAAGUGGUAUCCGUUUCUGGAUAUAUAGUGGAGAUACAGAUAGUGUAAUGCCACUGACAGACACUAGACGUUCCAUAAAGAAACUCGGGGCAUCGGUUAAAACUUCCUGGUACCCAUGGUAUCUCCGAGGAGAGGUGGGUGGAUAUGCAGUGGAGUAUGAGAACUUGACAUUGGUGACAGUAAGAGGAUCUGGGCAUUUUGUUCCCAGUUACCAGCCAGCUCGUGCACUUGUAGUCUUCACCUCAUUCAUCAAUGGACAACUCCCACCCAGAGAGCUAAACACAGUGAAUCUCCUCCUUCCUGGACAAGAACAGAAGAAGAAAACAUCGGACCAUCAAAAGCUUACUAAAGCCAAGAUGAAUAUCAUGCUGAGGCUUUCAUGGUUGCUAUUACUUCUCUCUCACAAACAAGUUUUUCUCAUUACAUUCUGUCAUGCUAGUCAGGUAGAAUACCUUAGCAAGCUGCUCGAGUCUCGAAUAACUGAAAACCAUCUCAAUUCAGAGAUGUGGUCUAAGCUAGAAGAUGUUACAGACACUACUUCUCCAGUAUAUGUUGGACCUCAAGAAGGGCUAAUGGAGGCUGACAAGAUUGAUGCCUUGCCAAUGCAGCCUCCUGGAGUCAACUUUAAUCAAUAUGCAGGCUAUGUGACAGUAGAACCUAAGGCGGGAAGAGCUCUGUUUUACUACUUUGUUGAAUCUCCUCGGGAUUCUUCCAGCAAACCUCUACUCUUAUGGCUCAAUGGAGGACCAGGAUGCUCAUCUUUUGGCUAUGGAGCUAUGGAGGAACUUGGACCUUUCAGAGUGAAUAGUGAUGGAAAAUCAUUGCACGUGAACAAAUAUGCAAGGAACAAAGUGGCAAACGUACUUUUCCUGGAAUCACCGGCCGGUGUAGGAUUUUCCUAUUCAAACUCUAGUUCUGACUAUGACACCCCUGGUGACAAGAGAACAGCCAAGGAUUCUUAUACUUUUCUAAUAAACUGGCUCGAACGAUUCCCACAGUACAAAACUCGAGAUUUUUACAUUGCUGGAGAAAGCUAUGCUGGUCAUUAUGUGCCUCAGCUAGCAUACACUAUUCUAGCCCACAACAAGAUUUCUAAUCAAUCAUUCAUCAACCUCAAAAAUAUUGAGAUUGGGAAUGCUUUGGUACAUAAUGACAUAAACAUUCAAGCCAUAUAUGACUAUCUUUGGUCCCAUGCAUUGAUCUCAGAUGAAACUCAUGCAGCAAUAAACAAGUACUGUGAUUUCCUUAAUGGAAACUACUCAGACACAUGCAUUGGAUACGCAGGUCAAGUAGGUAAUGAGAUAGGCUAUAUAGACAUAUAUAACAUUUAUGCUCCACUCUGCAAUGAAAAGGUGGCAAAGCCUAAGUCAUCUGAUAUGGAAUUUGAUCCUUGUUCAGACAGCUAUGUUGAAUCUUACCUCAACCGUGAGGAGGUGCAGAAGGCUCUCCAUGCCGUCAACACCACUUGGUUCAUUUGCAGCAACAAAGUUGGAUGGGGGAACUGGAAAGACAUGCCAGGAACUGUCCUGCCCUUAAUCAAGAUGCUCAUUGCAAAUCAGAUAAAUGUAUGGAUUUACAGUGGGGAUAUAGAUGCGCGAGUUCCAGUAACAUCAUCAAGGUAUGCAAUAAACACCAUGAAACUUCCCUUGGAGAAUUCUUGGCGUCCAUGGUAUUAUAAUGGUGGCAAGGAGGUGGGUGGAUAUGUGGAAGGGUACAAGGGAUUGACAUUUCUUACAAUUAGGGGAGCUGGGCAUGCAGUUCCUAGCUACCAACCAGAACGUUCACUAACUAUGAUUUCAUCAUUUCUUCAGGGGAAACUGCCCCUGCCUCUUUGUAGGAUAAGAUUCCAUCAACAUGUAUAAGCCAUUCUGCUAUGAUAGUGAAGUUGGAUAGUAUUCUUAUUCUGAAAGCAAGUAUUAUAAUACAUGAGUAUUUACAAACUAGAGUGACACCUUGGUGGAUGCAGCAAUAAUGCAAUAUGAAAGGUUUAAAUGUCCUAUAUGUAAAGAUCUGGAAAGAGCAAUUGUAAAAAGACUGGUUCAAAUCAAAGAAUAUAUACUAUAAACAACUCAAAGACUAUGCUAAGAACA